AUGGAUUAACAUCCUAAUAUUUAUCCAGCUCCUUCCUUUUAUCUAGAGAAGUGUAUUCAAAAUAGAAAAAGAUUGUUGGAGCAAUUUAAAAACACUAAUUUUAACAAAUAGUAUCCCUCUAUACAAGAAAAUUCUGAAUAAUCCAUUCAUACAAUUGAGCCUCCUUAAGAUAAAUUUGUCCAAGAGAACAUCAAGUAGUAGUACAAUAGUGGUUGUUCUGAGAUUAAAGAGCCAGAAAUUCAAUAAAUCAAAGAGAACAAUUAAUCAAAUCAAAAAAAAAUCCUUCUAUAAUUUAAAUUCAAAACCAAGUUGUCUUAAUAGAUAUAGUCGAAUGAACUAUCAAAUUUAUCUGCUGAGUAAUCUACAGUAAAUGUUGAUACACAAAUAAUCAGCAAGAAUUUAAACACUGUUGAAACUCAAACUGAUUUAACCUGUAAUUUAAAUUUAGAAAAAGAAAAAAAGUAGCCUAAACUGAUUGAUGAUCAGUGUCAAACCACUGAAGAUAUUCCAAUUCAAACCCUAAUUAUCUAAUAAAUGAAGGAGGAUGCUUUAAAACCAAAUAAAUAAUGGUAUUCAAUAAACCUAAAUUCGUCAAUUCACCACAAAUUAUUGGUGACUGAUUAAUUUAUGUCAGUCAAUAAAGCAGCAAUUGAUUAUUUUGAUUCUCUUAAGAGUAAAUUGAAUGAAAAUUGA